UCUACCACUGUGAUACAAUGGACACAGCUAAGCUCUGGUUUAUGCUGCUCUGUGUUUGUGGCGGCUGGAUUUUGAGUCUGGCUUAUAUAGACUGUGACUGGACCACUGAGUAUGAAUAUGGAGAGAAAUGUUGUACAGCUUGUCCUUCAGAUCAGUAUCCCAAAGUAACAUGCUCAGAGAACAAAAGUGACAGUGUGUGUGAGAAUUGUUUAACAGCUAUUUCGGCUAUGGACAAAUGUUUCUGCAAUGAUAAUCACGUAUGUUCUGAUGAUAAAUGUACAAAUUGUGACCCCAGGGAAAAAUGCAAACCUGGACAUCAGCUGAGGAGAACUGGUGCCUUUGAUUAUACAUACUUUUGUGAGUCAUGUCCAGAAAACACUUACAAUGAUGUUGAGGACAGCACGUGUAAAUCCAUUACAAAAUGUGCUGGUGGUGAAAUCUUCCCUGGAAACCAGACCCACAAUGCAAGAUGUGGCCCUUCUGCAGAAUUCACAACAGUUCACCCAGGAGACCAAGGGGCACAAAACAAUGGGAGUCAGACUACUCAUCCUUUCAUGCUGGCCUGUUUAGCAGUCACUGUGUUGACCUGCCUGGUUUUUAUCAUGUAUACUGCUUUUAAAAUUUUCAGAUACAAGAUGCGCACAAAAAUAAGCAAACCGUCGUGCACACAUAGGAUGGUAUUGCCCUCAGAUACAUGCAGUUGCAAAUUAUCCAAGGAGGAAGAGGGUGAGGAAAAGGACUCCAAGACAGAGCUCUCGGAAGUCCCUUGCAAGCAUGAUGUCCACAGAUUUCCUUAAAGGUUCUCUGUAUUGUGAAGAACACUGCACAAAGGUGUCAUCAUCUCAGUUUCAGUUUUUGUAAGUGUAAAAACUGUUAAAAGAUUCAAAGUUUCUACAAGAGCAGAGAACAGUUUGCAUUAUGCAAUUAAGCAACGUGUGUAAUUAAACAUUACAAAUGUAAGGUUUCACAAGAGAUUUACCUGGGGAAAUAGUAAUAUAGAAGAAAUACCUCAUAAGUAUUGGACCAAAGAUUAACAGACACAACAGCAAGCCUUUUUAGUAUUUAAUGCUUCAUAUUUGUCUUUUUUUAUGAUGUUCGUCUGAUUUUUUCUUUUGUCACAUGAGAACUAGAUAGGGUGGUUUGUCCUGUUUGCUUGUAUGUGCCAUUUCUGCUUUAAUUUUAUAGUUAUUUCACAUCUG